AUGCGAGAGGAGGCAGCGGGGGCGACGAACGCCGACGCCACUCUCAACAAAUUGUUGCAGGCCGCCGAUUUAACGGGCUACGAACCAGAUCUCCGUCGAAAGCUGAAACUACGUAAUGCAGCGGAUCUACAGUAUGUCGAGGAGGUCGAUUUGUUAUCAAUUGGAAUGAGCCGCCCGGAGCAGAAACGACUUCGAAAAGAGUACACACGAAUGUUUCCGUCAGGAAUAUUUGGGAAAGUGAAGAAAGCGUUCAAACGAAGCGAAAGUUUGGAUCGAAAGAGCUCGAGUGCCGCUGGAGGAAAUCGCGACGACGAUGAUCAUCAUGUGAUUCCCAUUGAGAAAAUAACCUUGUGCAAAGAACUUGGUCAAGGUGAAUUCGGUUCGGUGUGGCAAGCGGCAUGGAAAAACUCGAAUGACGUCACUCAAGUCGCUGUGAAAUGCGUUGGAUCCGACAAACUGCUCGCCACGUCAUCAUCUUUCCUCCAGGAGGCGGCGAUUAUGACACGAAUGCGUCACGAACACGUAGUAAGACUCUAUGGAGUCGUACUGGACACCAAGAAAAUUAUGAUGGUGUCAGAGCUGGCGACAUGUGGCUCUUUGCUGGAAUGCCUGCAUAAACCAGCUCUACGAGACAGUUUUCCAGUACACGUGCUGUGUGAUUACGCUGAGCAGAUAGCGAUGGGAAUGGCAUAUCUAGAAGCGCAACGACUAAUUCAUAGAGAUCUUGCCGCUAGAAACGUCCUUGUCUUCAGUCCGAAACUUGUGAAAAUCUCAGAUUUCGGACUGUCCAGAAGUCUGGGUGUUGGCGAAGACUACUAUCGGAGUGAGUUCACACCGAACCUGAAACUCCCCAUCGCUUGGUGCGCUCCGGAAUGCAUCAAUUUUCUGAAAUUCACUUCGAAAUCUGAUGUAUGGGCGUACGGAGUGACUAUCUGGGAGAUGUUCAGCUAUGGAGAAAUGCCGUGGAAAGGGCGCUCCGGUGCACAGAUUCUUGAGUUGGUAGACCGAAAGAAAGAGUUGCUGCCGAGACCGGAGGCGUGUCCAGAAGAUAUUUAUGAUAUGCUUCGAGAGACAUGGACGCAUCAAGUGAUUCAGCGUCCUAACUUCUCGGAUAUCGUCUCGCAAUUCCCUGAACGAAGAGCACAAUCUGUGAGGGCUGUAGUGGAUUGUAGGGAUUCUGCACCGGAUCAUUUGCAUUUUAAGAAGGAUGACUUGAUUGUGGUGAUUAGCAGAUCCCCCGCCCAAUACCCCGACGGUUACUACUGGUUCGGCUCUCUGCGCAACGGAAAACUCGGUCUGUUCCGUCCGACGGAUACAGUCGCCCACCUCGGAUCAGAACCGCCUUGUUCGAAUGGAACCAUUGAGAACGGAUUCGGAGAUCAUCAAAAAUCAGGAGAAAAAGGGAAAAAAGGGAGUAAAAAAGUGGAUAAAGGAGAGGAAAGAGAGCGAAAGAAGCUUCUGAUCAGUGAGCCAGUUGGUGAUGUCCGGCACACUUGCCACGUGGGAAUCGAUGGAACCGCUUUUGGAUUGUUGCAAUUGGAUAAGAAGGCGAUUUGCCCGACGUCUUCGUCGCCGUCGACUUCUAGAGGAUCCACGACGACGUCACAAGCGUCACCGGCGCCAUCACAUACCUCCUCCUCAACCACCUCAUCCGUCCAACUCCGUGACACUGUCGCCCGUCACGGUGUCUCUCUCAAAGAGACAAUGUCCCUUCGAGACGUCGGACCACUCAGCAGAGACGCCAUCAAUCUGCGUGAGACUGUCGCUCCGCCCAUCGCUCGUGCUCCCUCCCAACCGCCCGCCUACUCACAGCCACGCCCACCACCAAGAAGUGUCUCCUCCGCUUCUGCUUCGCUGGAUAGAACGAAUCCACGUGGAUCCGUGACGCCGACCGCACCGCCGUUGACGGCAUCCGCUGCGAGUUCUGCUGCGAACUCGUUGAAAGAUCCAUUGACAGGAAUCUCACUAUCGAUUCCUAAUAGUCAUAAUAACAUUUCAUAUAUGGAUGACGAGCACGACGAUCGCUGGGUGAGAUCUCCGAGAUCACCUGGCUCCGCCUCCACUACAGUGACCACUCUAUCGAGCAGAAAAGAGCCGAUACCUGCGCCGAGGGGACCGGUAGCCGCAGUUUACGCUAGAGGAAAAGAGAUCCCAACACCGGCGAGCCGUUCCGACGUGGCACUCUGCGAGGAGAUCGAGCAUCUCAACCGAGAUCUCACCAACUAUUCCAUCGGAACCAUCUGCGACUAUUCAGAAGACCGCCCACUUUUGGAUUCUCAUCAACGGACUCUGAAUCCCCUACCGUCGGCGAAUUUGAGUUCAGAUAGGGAUCGACUGCGAUUCAUGACAGAGGUGGAAGUGCGAAAAAUGGGAGAAAAAUCGAUAAGAGAGCAUAGGAAAACUGAGGAUCUGUUGAGAGAGGAGAGGCAGAAGGAGCGGAAAUUCGGUGCCGGAGACUUCUCACCAGAAUCUGAUUCCGCGGUGCCAGAACCUCUCUACUCUUCCCGUCAAACCCAACAAGAAGGAUGGUCGUCAGCAGCUCAGGAAGCCUAUAAACUUCUCGUUGAGUGCGGGACGAACCUCAAACAAGCCUCCGUCUCACCACCGCCCAUGUCGCCGAUGUCCCCCAGAUACAGUAUGUCACCGGCUCCGCCCCCUCGUCCAGUGACUCCUCCCACUGUCGCCAAGAGCAGUGAGCCGAUAUCAAUGAGGCCUAAAGUGCAAGAGGACGAAAUGGAACAAGUGACUGUGGAGGAGAACUCGCCGAAACGAGUUCAUAUUAUUGAGACGAAGUUGAUCGAUGGACCCGCUAGAGGGAUGAGUCCGAUACAGGAUCGCCACGUGCCCGCAUUCACCACUCCAAUGACGAAUACGUUCCGAAAAGCGCCGGCACCAACGCCGAACGGCGGAACGGAUCAUCAAAAGCCACCUCCAUGCCGUCCGCCGAAAACUCGCCAAUUCCCACUGGUCAUCGACGAGCGAAAUCUCGCUUAUGACAAUUUGAAUGGUUUCGGAGCUGGAGCACGUGUCGCGCCGCCCGUUCCACCCAAGCCUAAAGUCAGCUUUGCCGAUGAUUCAAAAAAGGAGGUCGCUAAUUAA